ACAAACACAAACACACACAUCAAAAUGCCUUUUGUUCCCGUGGAAACUCCCAAGUGCCCAGCAUGCGGAAAGUCGGUCUAUGCCGCUGAGGAGCGCGUUGCUGGUGGCUACAAAUUCCAUAAAACAUGCUUCAAGUGCAGCAUGUGCAACAAGGCUCUGGACUCCACAAACUGCACCGAGCAUGAAAAGGAACUGUUCUGCAAAAACUGCCACGGACGCAAAUACGGACCCAAGGGUUACGGUUUCGGUGGUGGUGCCGGUUGCCUGUCCAUGGACACUGGCUCUCACCUCAACAGAGACUUUGUUCCACCGAAAAUUCCGCCAAAAGCGCCCGAUGGUGAGGGCUGUCCCAGGUGUGGCAUAUAUGUUUAUGCAGCGGAGCAAAUGCUUGCCAGAGGGAAGGGGUACCAUCGCAGAUGCUUCAAGUGCGUUCAGUGUAAUAAGACACUGGACUCCACUCUUCACUGUGACGGUCCUGAUAAAGAUAUCUACUGUCGAGGAUGUUAUGCUCCAAAGUUUGGAACCAGAGGCUAUGGCCAGCUGAAUGGCUUAAUGUCUGACAUUCAAGACUGCGAAAGGCAAAGUGAAAUGGCUCCGAAAACCGCUGCCAUAAACGUGGAACAAAUUCAGGCACCACUGGGAGAGGGAUGUCCGAGAUGUGGAGGUGUUGUUUUUGCUGCGGAGCAGGUCCUGUCGAAGGGGAGGCCCUGGCAUAGGAAGUGCUUCAAGUGUCGGGACUGCACAAAGACCCUCGACUCCAUCAUUGCGUGCGACGGCCCGGACAACGAUGUCUACUGCAAAACGUGCUAUGGCAAAAAGUGGGGGCCGCAUGGAUAUGGCUUUGCAUGUGGAUAUGGUUUCCUUCAAACCGAUGGAAUUAGUGAAGGCGUAUCGCAGCGACCCUUCGUGUGUCCCGAUACGACAUCGAUCAAGGCGCCCGAAGGCGAGGGAUGCCCGCGCUGUGGUGGAGCCGUAUUCGCCGCAGAGCUGCAGCUGUCCAAGGGGAAGAUGUGGCAUAGGCAAUGCUUCAGCUGUGCCAGGUGCCACCGACCCCUGGACUCGGUCCUGGCCUGCGACGGUCCAGAUGAUAACAUCUACUGCAAGCUGUGCUACGCGAAACUGUACGGCCCCAAGGGCGUUGGAUACGGUCACACCCCAGCUCUAGUCUCCACCAGCUACGAAUAUACGCCCACCAGUUGGGGACAGCUUAACCGCUGCGGUGGCCAAUCGGAGGACGGAUGUCCCCGUUGCGGAUACAUCGUGUUUGCGGCCGAGCAGAUGAAGAGCAAGAACAGCAUAUGGCACAAGCUGUGCUUCUACUGCUCGGGCUGCCGAAAGUAUCUGGACUCGACUAACCUAAACGAUGGUCCCGAUGGCAACAUCUACUGCCGAUCCUGCUACGGCAAGAACUACGGACCGAAAGGUGUGGGCUAUGGAAUCGGGGCUGGCACGUUGACCAUGGCCUAACGGGUACGGUGUGGAGCCAAAAAAGUGUACUUUUAUAAGACUGGACCAGUAAUCCAACCAGCUCCAAAUGGAUAUUGAAGUUUCAGUCUUUAAAUGAACACUUUAGAGGAGGCAGACCCACAAAUAUUCGGAUUUAUUUUAAUCAAAUCACUGCACGAGUAGUAUUGUAUUUCUCGGAAUAGUUUCCUUUUGGAUGAUGUAUGGGAUCAAAGCUCCAAAGCCAUAC